AGGGCGUCUGGGAAAUGAGGUUUACGAGCUAUGGGGCGAUUUCUUGGCCCAAUUCCUAGGAGUGAUGCGUCCAGUCGGUCUUGUCUCUAGCCCCAACCCCCAACCCGAGGAAGGCGAAAUGCUGGAGUUACCAGCCUCUCGCCUACGGUUGGCUGUCAGCGAGGCAAGCUGGGAGAACGGGUCACAGGGCGCCUAGGAGAGGGAAGGCCCAACCGUGGCGGGCACAAAGCCAUCUGCUUCCGGAAUUAAAAGUAGGCUUCCGGAAGCCGAGACGGUGUCCCCAUGACAACCGACGUUGGUUCUUUGAGGUCCUUGCAUUAGAGUCAGGGAAACAUCUCUGAUUUGGAAAAAAUAGACAUCUCUCACCAAGUACUGGGCAGAGAACCAGAAGUCAUUUCCUACAGAACUGUGGAAUGUGCACUUGGAAGUCCCCAAAAGCAGAGAGAAGAUGCUCCAGACCAGUAACUACAGCUUGGUGCUUUCCCUACAGUUCCUGCUGCUGUCCUAUGACCUGUUUGUCAAUUCCUUCUCUGAGCUACUCCGAAUGGCUCCUGUCAUCCAGCUAGUGCUCUUCAUAAUCCAGGAUAUUGCAAUCCUCUUCAACAUCAUCAUAAUUUUCCUCAUGUUCUUCAACACUUUCGUCUUCCAGGCUGGCCUGGUCAACCUUCUAUUUCAUAAGUUCAAAGGGACCAUCAUUCUGACAUCUGUGUACCUUGCCCUCAGCAUCUCCCUUCAUGUCUGGUUCAUGAACUUGAGAUGGAAAAAUUCCAGCAGCUUCAUUUGGACAGAUGGACUUCAAACACUGUUUGUAUUCCAGAGACUAGCCGCAGUACUGUAUUGCUAUUUCUACAAACGGACAGCUGUGAGACUGGGUGAUCCCCGCUUUUACCAGGAUUCAGUAUGGCUGCGCAAGGAGUUCAUGCAAGUCCGAAGAUGACCAUGUCAUGUCACAUUGAUGAAUGCCUUUCCUUCCUGGUAGAAGCCGCCUGGGCUACUCUCCAAGGAGGAGGAGCCCUUGGCGCCAGGAAACAGUUGGACUUCCUAGGACAUGCUUAGGCCAGCUGUGCUCAGCAUUCAAGAAGGAAGACAUUUCCAACCAGGCAUGGUUGGAAAUGGAGGCAGGAGAAUUGCUGUGAGUUUAAGGCCACCCUAGGCCUACCUAAUGAGUUCUAGGAUAGCCUACAGUGGGCUUUUUGUCCUGUCUCAAAAAGAAAGAAGGCCUUCCGUAUUGCAAAUUAAAGUGUUUUCCCCAGACUGUGGUACAAAGUGCAGUCUUGCCUCCUACCUCAGUCCACCCACUUCCUUCUCUUGCUGCUCUGUACCACUCACUUUCUUUCCCUUCCUCCUUCCUGAGGAUUCUGCAGCUCUGAACUCCUGCUCUUCGAAGCUUAUAGUUGAGCCUUUUAAGCAGCAGCCUCCCAGCCCAACCCCUGUUCUGCUGAUAGCAGAGUUGAGUGACUAGAUGUAGACAGUGACAGGCACGUCCUACUGCAGUCAGUCAGUCACCUUAGCCAUUUAGAUUUUAUAUCCAGCAUACUUUUUUAUAGUUCUAAAAGGAAAUAAAUUGAAUUCUUUUUUCGUGAA